AUGCUGAUGGAACCAUCCUCAAUGAAAGUUGAUCUUGACUCUCUCCUCCAAUCGCACGGCGGAGUUGACUCCAAUUCUUCCGAUGAGGUAGAUUCCACCUUGUCUCGUAGUCACCACCGCACGGUCGAUGAAAUUCUUUUGAACAAUUCCUCAUCUUCCUGCUCUCCCUCUCCCCCUUCUUCCCCAAAAUUAUCAUAUUCACGCCCUCCUACAUCCGUGGUUGAAUUCAAUAAAUUUAAGAGUUCAACUACUAGUACUAGCUUUGAUAGCUCUAGUAGCAGUAGAAUUAAGUCAGCGGGUGAGAAUACUGCUGCUAGUUCUUUUUCGUUAAGCCGGAUUGUUUUACCGCCACUAUUCAUCAAUGGGGCAGUAAGCUCCCAAACUAAGCCAGGGGCUGCUCUGGCCGCUGCAGCAGCGGCAUCCCGAUCAGUUCCUACUCCCCACGCGGCUGCCAUCAAGUUGAGAAGGGCCAAUACCAGUGCUCUGCAGAGGGUGGCUUUGGAAACCACUGCUAUUGCUGCUAGUGUAGAAACCUCGCCUUUAUCAGAAAUUUCCAAAGAUUCUGAGGUGAGUUCUGAGACUGGUUCUGAGAGCCAUGGUUUGCGUGUUCUUGAAAACAAUAGUAACCACUCAGAAGAAGAGGUUAAAUUGGAUGUUUUUCAAUCUGCACAAGCUAAAGUUAGAUUGACCGAUACUGUAGAUACUAUCAACGAUCCCACUGAGAGUGCUCAAGUUUUAACUAGUGAUGAAACUUCAACUGAGGAUGCUACUGUGGAUGAGCAUUUAACGAUUGUGGAGCAAGUUUCUGAAAGGUUCAUUUCUGAAUCCCACAUCAGCUCUACUGUUGAAAAUGAAAAACAGUUUGAAUUUAAUGAGAAUAGGUUGGAUUCAGUUUUGGAUGAAGUUAAUGAAAACAAACAAGUCUUAUCUUUCUUAUUGAACGACAACAAUGAUGUAAAUGCUGAAAUUAACUCUGUUGAUGAAUCCAAUGAAAUUAAAGAGAUGGCUGCUCCUAGUCCACCACCUUUAACUUCCAAUGACAGAAUAAGUUCGGAUGAAAUUGUGAGUUUAAUGGGAGAAGAAGAAGCAAAUGAUCAGGGGAAUGCAAUGGAUGAAUCUAGAGAUGGAGAUGAUGCUAGGUCACAAUACGACGUUGAAGAUGUUGUUGAAGAAUUAGGUUUAAAGUCGGAAAGCAAGAGGGGAAGGAGAAAGUCACAAAAGAAAUCUCAAUCUUCCUUGAAGCCGCUUGAAUUGGCUGAAGAACUCGAGAAGAAACACGCAUUUAAGGGAAUGCAUUACGAAGAGGGUGUUACUUCUCAACCAAUGAGGCUUGAGGGUGUCCGCAGGGGUUCUACUUUGUUGGGUUACUUUGAUGUUAAUGCCAACAAUACCAUUUCUCAUACCAUCUCAUCACAAGCUUUCCGGCGAGAUCAUGGGUCCCCUCUAGUCCUGGCAGUUAAUUUUAACUUCAUUGCAAUUGGGAUGUCUAAAGGAACUAUUGUCAUUGUGCCCAGCAAAUAUACUCGUCAUCAAAUUGACAACAUGGACGCAAAGAUGUCGGUGCUUGGAUUACAAGGAGAUAGAACUCAUGUUCCAGUAACUUCCAUGUGCUUUAAUCAGCCAGGAGACUUGCUUUUUGCAGGAUAUGGUGAUGGGCACUACAUUGUUUGGGAUGUUCAGAAGACCUCUGCACUUAGAGUGAUUAAUGAACAUAAAGCUCCAGUAGUUCAUAUGCUAUAUGUAGGGCAGGAUACUCAGGUUACACGUCAGUUUAAUGUGGUUAGCGGGGAUAGCAAGGGCGUGAUUAAGUUGAUUCGUUUUUCAGUGGUUCCAUGGCUCAAUAGAAUUUCCUACUCCAAAUCGAUGAAACUUCUAGAUGAAACAACUAGCAGAGUAGUGUGUGCAUCUCCAUUACUGUCAGGUGAAGUUCACGGAGGUGCACAGAUGUCCUCUCAGGGUAGCAGUGCAGUUUCUACUGGGAGUAUUAGUAGCAUGAUGGGAAGUGUGGUUGAAGAAGGUAUCGUCAUCUUUGUCACGCAUCAAUCUGCUCUAGUGGCAAAAGUUAAUCCUACUGUAGAAGUAUAUGCUCAAAUUCCUAAACCUGAUGGCAUCAGGGAAGGCUCCAUGCCUUAUGCCGCAUGGAGAUGCAUGUCGCAGUCACCUGGUUCUUCCACUGAAAAUGCACCCGCUGACACACUAGAAAAGAUUUCACUGCUUGCAAUUGCUUGGGAUCAGAAAGUUCAGAUUGCUAAGCUGGUGAAAUCCGAGCUAAAGAUACUUGAAAAGUGGACUCUGGAAAGUCCAGCAGUAGGCCUGGCAUGGUUAGAUGAUCAGAUGUUGGUGAUUCUCACUUUGACUAGACAACUCUAUUUGUUUGCGAAAGAUGGAAAUGUGAUUCAUCAGACAAGCUUUGCUGUGGAUGGAUUGCGAGGGGAUGAUCUCAUCUCAUCACAUAUCUACUUUACUAAUACUCUUGGUAACCCUGAAAAAGCUUAUCACAAUUGUGUAGCUGUAAGGGGGGCUACUAUAUACAUACUUGGGCCAGAGCAUCUUAUUGUUUCCCGCUUUCUUCCGUGGAAGGAAAGGAUUGAAGUUUUGAGGAAAGCAGAGGAGUAUUAUGCCCUAUUUAGUGGAGUUGCUUCUGUCAUAUUUGAGUUCUGUGUGCAUAUCAGGAGAACCGAUAUCCUCUUUGAUGAAAUUGUUUCAAAAUUUGAUGAAGCUCAGCAUAAAGAUACAUUUUUGGAGCUUUUGGAGCCAUAUAUUUUGAAAGAUAUGUUGGGAUCCCUUCCACCUGCGAUUAUGCAAGCAUUAGUGGAGCAUUAUAGUGAGAAAGGUUGGUUGCAACGAGUUGAACAGUGUGUUCUCCACAUGGACAUUUUGUCCUUGGAUUUUAAUCAGGUUGUACGCUUAUGCAGGGAACACAGGUUGCAUGGUGCACUGAUAUAUUUGUUUAACAAAGGUCUGGAUGAUUUUAGGGCACCUCUAGAGGAGCUCUUGGUUGUACUACGAAAUAGCGAAAGAGAGAGUGCUGCUUCCCUUGGGUAUAGGAUGCUUGUUUACUUGAAGUACUGCUUUCAGGGUCUUGCUUUCCCCCCAGGACAUGGAAAGCUUUCUCCUACACGUCUGCCAUCUCUUAGAAAAGAACUUGUGCAAUUUCUAUUGGAGAUUUCUAGUGCUCAAAAUGCAUGGACAGUUAGAACCUUACAAUCAAAUGGAGCUUGUCCAAACCUGCUACAUCUGUUAGAAUUGGAUACUGAAGCCACUCUAGAUGUUUUGAGAUUUGCAUUUACAGAAGAAGAUGAAAUAAACUGCUUUUCGCAGGGAUCAAUAAAAUCGGAGUUAGCUGAAGUAAAUGAUUUGAUGGAUGAAAGUCAAAUUUUGGUUCAGAAAGUAGUAGAUGUUCUUGCUGAUAUUCUGGACUCAAGUUACUUCCAAACAGGCAGUUCUAUCAACAGUGAUGACAUUAACUCUAUAGAAAUCUGGCCUUCGAAGAAAGAUGCAGGUCACAUGUAUGACUUCACAGCAUACUAUGUAGCCUGUGGAAGAGCCAAUGUCUCAAAUAAUAUCCUAACUCAAAUUUUGGAGUACUUGACGUCGGAGAUAAAUAUUUCACAUAGUUUGUCAGGGCAGACAAUAGAAACAAUUAAAAGAAGAGAGAAGCAACUACUUGCACUUGUAGAAGUGGUUCCCGAGACUCGCUGGGAUACUCCAUACUUGUUACAUUUGUGUGCAAAGGCUCAGUUUCAUCAGGUUUGUGGCUGCAUUCAUGCCAUCAAGCAUCAGUAUGUUGCUGCUUUGGAUAGCUAUAUGAAAGCUACGGAUGAACCCAUUCUCGCCUUUUCCUUUAUCCAUGUUAUGCUGCAACAACUCGAUGAAAAAGAACGUGAUGCUUUUGAAUCAGCUGUUAUUUCUCGAAUUCCAGAUCUUCUCAAAUUAAGCAGAGAAGGAACUUACUUGCUGAUUCUUGACCAUUUAUCUGGUCAAAGUCAAUAUAUUUUGUCUGAGCUUCGCUCUCAUCCAGAAAGCCUUUUCCUCUAUCUGAAGACGGUUAUUGAGGUUAACACAACUGGUAACCUGAACCUCUCUUCUUUAAAAAAAGACGAUAUUUUAUAUUUUCCCAGCGCAAGAAGACCUAGGCAGCAGUCAUCUAGCGUUGAAGCUUAUCUGCAAACAAUAUCCGGCUUCCCUAAACUUCUGCACAACAGUACAGUUCAGAUUACUGAUGAAAUGACAGAGUUAUAUCUUGAGCUGUUAUGUCAGUAUGAGAGCAAAUCCGUACUGAAAUUCUUGGAGACUUCUGAAAGCUAUAGGGUGGAACACUGUUUACGUUUGUGCCAGGAAUAUCAAAUUAUAGACGCAGCUGCAUUUUUAUUAGAAAGAGUUGGAGAUGUUGGAAGUGCUCUGUUGCUCAUUCUUUCUGAUCUUAAUGAUAAAAUGAUUGUGCUUAAUGUUGCUAUUGAAGAUGGACUUUCUGGUGCUAGUCUGGAUCAUCUUAAUGCUGUUUUAAAGAGAAAAGAAGUCAUUGAAAUUCUUGAUAUUGUGCAUGCUUGUAUUGGUCUAUGCCAACGGAACAGCCCCCGAUUGGAUCCGGAUGAGUCUGAGUAUCUCUGGUUUCAGUUGCUUGAUUCGUUUUGCAAGCCUCUGAUGGAUUCAGAUAGUGAUAGUACAAAUUCUGAAAGCAAAGCAGAGAAGGAAACGCUUGAUGGAUCAUUUGGUAAUCAGGGAGAUGAAGAAGGGUCCAAAAUUAAAUGGAAGUUCUCCAAGUCUCAUAAAGGUGCUCGCAUCAUGAGGAAACUGACUUCCAUGUUUAUUAAAGAGAUUGUUGAUGGCAUGAUCGGAUAUGUUCAGCUCCCAAGGAUCAUGUCAAAACUUCUUUCUGAUAAUGGAAACCAAGAAUUUGGCGAUUUCAAACUUACAAUAUUGGGGAUGCUUGGAACAUAUGAUUUCGAAAGAAGAAUAUUGGACACUGCCAAAAGUUUAAUCGAAGAUGAUACAUACUAUACACUGAGUUUACUCAGAAAGGGAGCUUCUCAUGGUUAUUCCCCCGGGAGCAGAGUUUGUUGCAUAUGUAAUGGCCUACUCGCCAAAAGCUCGGAUGAUUCUGGAAUUCAAAUUUUCAGUUGUGGUCAUGCAAUACAUCUCCACUGUGAACUUCCUGAGAACGGGGCAUCAGUUAGGGGCUCCUUUACUGGAUGUCCCAUUUGCAUGCCUAGGAAGAAAGCUCAGAAAUCAAGUGGCAUAUCAUUUUUUACACAGAAUGGACUAGUUAGCAAGUCAUCAUCAAGGAGCCAGCAACCACAUGGGACAAUAGCUUUGCAUCCGCACGAUUACGAUUCUUUUGAGAAUUCAUACGGUUCUCAGCCAGUGUCAAGGUUUGAGUUCUUGAAUAAUCUUCAGAAAGACCACAAGUCGACGCAGAUGGAGAACAUGCCUCCAUUGAGGCUUGCACCGCCCGCAGUUUACCAUGAAAAGAUUAUAAAGAAAAGAAGUGAUGAUUUAGGAGGAGAAAGCAGCAGCAGAAGUCUUUCCAAAACAGAAAAGCCAGCUAGGAGCAGGCAACUGAAGGAUGUAAAAGUGAGAGGAUCUUCAGUUCGAUUCCCUCUGAAAUCGAAUAUAUUUGGUAAGGAGAAGGCGAGUAAGAGGUGA